UCGGUCAUGUAUAAAUGGCUCAGAUUGCUCUUUUCGUAUCAGUGCGUUUUUGACACGACGCGGUCAAGUGCGUCUCGUGAAAAUGAUUUUACACGUUGCGAUAUGUCUGCUGGCGCUCACGGCGUCGACGAAGGCUGACGGGGGAUUGGGGUACGGAGGCCUAGACGGGCUAGUGUACGCGCCCGGGCAUGCCUCAGUUGAUUAUUAUGCCUAUCCCCGUUAUGCGUUCGAAUACUCUGUGAAAGACCCUCACACCGGCGACAAUAAAGCGCAAUGGGAGAAACGUGACGGAGACGUUGUCAAAGGAGCAUAUUCACUUGUGGAACCCGACGGCAGCCUGCGAGUCGUGGAGUACUACGCCGACGACAAGACGGGCUUUAAUGCCGUCGUGAAGCGCCUGGGCCCCAACCUGCACCCGGCCACCGUCCACGCGGCCCCGAUCUACAAGGCCCCGAUCCCGGUACUCGGCGGACAUGGCUCCGUCCUCUCCCCGAUUUCCGUCGGCCCGGUGGCGAACCUCGGACACCUGGCGACCGCACCUCUGAUUUCAGGACCGAUCCAUGGCGGCCCGAUUUAUAGCCCCGCUUUAUCGGCUCAGAACCUGAUCAAAGAACCAGUGAUUGUGAAAUAUCUGCCCGCGCCGAUCCACCCUGAACCUAUAUUACAUGAGCCUAUCCAUCACGCGCCAAUUCUAAAAGGCCCGAUCCUGUCCGAACCAAUUCUUCAUGAACCGAUCAUCAAAAGCCCUAUUCUGCCCGGACCCAUUUAUAAGAGUGGCCCAAUCGUGACCUCUCCUCUUCUUUAUGAGCCUAACAACAAAGGUCCUGUUCUACCCGGACCUAUCUACAAGAGUGGCCCACUCCUGCCAGGACCCAUCUAUAAAAAUGGCCCACUCCUACCUAGUACUAUCUACAAGAACGGGCCAAUUUCCUACGGACCUCUGCCAAUCCUCAAAGGCCUGCCCGGGCCUAUCUAUAAGGCUGGUCCGAUUUACUCUGAGCCGUUAGGCCCGCUGCCGGAUUACAAAGCGCCACUACCCCUAUACAAUGAGCACGUACCUCUUCUUCACAAGGAGCCGCUGCCCGCUUUGCCUUUAUUGAAGGGGUCGGCAGAGCUUGGACUAUAUGGUAAAGGACCUAUCAGCUCACUUGAUUGGGAAGGUUUAGGUAGAGGACACCUCGAGCAAGGCUAUGGUUUGAGCAAGGGCAUCGGCCCGCUGGGCCCAUCCCUGGGAGGGCACGGAUUGGUAAAAGGAAACAAUGGACCUAUUCUACCCUAUGCAGGCUUAGAAAAAGGUUACGGAUUGCUCAAAGGAAACAUUGGACCUAUUCUACCCUAUGAAGGCUUAGAAAAAGGACGUCUGCUGCCCUCCUGGAACGGUCCGAUAGAGUAUCCUCUGUACCCACAAGACGGGUACAAACACUGAUCGCAACGAUAAAUAGCAGCCAGAAGCCCACAACGGCACACGCAAUGCACAAGAGUUCAAACAAUGGAUAACAGAGGCAAGCAAUAGUGCACAGUGGGCUUCUUACUUUACCAAUCAUUUGCCGCGGUCAAGGCUCCUUUGCCAUGUCUUGAUUAGAAUAACUAACCAUGAACCCUCAUUGGUGAUAUGACAACGUAGUCGAUAGUUUAGACCAAACUGUAACUAUUUUAGGAUAUUUAAUAUUUAUGUUGAUACGAUUAAGAUACUUAGUAUAUCUUUACGAACACAAUAUAGCAUGCGCCACCGUGUGGUAUAUAA